GACAAUGGCUUCAUCUGAUCAUUCGGAUGAUGGUGAUGCUAUCAUGAUGCUCAAGAGGACAUCUUUAGAAGGCUAUCCGAUCAAAGAUGCCUGCGGUAACCCUGAGUGUGUUGUCAUGACAACCUUCAAUGGGCGUGUCUACACUUGUGACCCGACAGGUGUUAGCCAACCGGAGAAUUAUGUCGAGGUGAUCUUCCCGACAUCCGAAGAGGAGGAUGAACCCGACGUUGACAUCGUGAGCGUGUGCUGUGGUCGACAUCGCUUCCUUGCCCUGUCGGCUAAUGGUCUGGUCUACAGCUGGAGUAAGAACAAUAUCGGGCAGCUUGGUAUUCGGAAAAAGAAAAAGAAAAAGAAACAUCAUAACCGGAGCCAGACAACGCAAGACUUCAAACCAAGAUUGAUCGAAGAACUCUCAAACUAUGACGUCAUCCAGAUUGCGUGUGGAGACGACCAUUCACUUGCACUCACUAGAGAUCGGCGGCUGUUUUCAUGGGGUUGCAAUCUUCAUGGUCAGCUAGGUGUGAAGACCAAGGAGCAAGCGAAACCCUUUGAAAUCGAAGGUCUUUGGGGAAUCCCAUUGCAGCACAUUGCCGCUGGCGGCGCUCACUCCGUUGCUCUUUCCACUACCGGAUCAAUCUUUGUGUGGGGCAGUAACACGCAUGGGCAGUUGGGAUUACAGCAGUUAGAUGAUGUGAAGCUACCGGUCAAGUUGGGUUCCUUAUCACAAGGCAAUGUCAAGGCUGUCUCGUGCGGAAUGCACCAUACAAGCUUCCUUCAACAGAAUGGCCAGCUGUUGGUAUAUGGUAUGGGUGUAGACAGGCGCUCGUGUGAGUCUGAUGAAUGGGGCGAGUCUGAACUGAGAGCUGGACGACCCAAACGAUUCCGCACGUUCUCUUUCCUGCAAUCAACCAGUCGAUGUACAUAUGCAGUUGAUGAUGUCACCCACGGCAUCUUCGUUCUUGAUCACGAUAAGGUCCAAGAGGGUGGAGGUUUACAGCUUGAACCCCUUGAAGGAAGUUCGAUGAUUGACGUGUUUGAACCUGAAUCGUCCACUGAUUGGCCACCCGGUCGUUACGCCUUUGACCCAAAGGUUUGGGAACCAUCAAGGCCUGUAGAGGACUACGAACGUAUCGAAAAGUUCGGAGAAGGAACCCACAGAGACGAUGUCGCUGACACCAAUACAAUGGUCAGAGAGACAGAGCAGCAGGAGAGAACAGUCACAGACAGCAACCAUGGUGAUUCAGAUGGUUGUACGAAUGAAGCUCAAGACACCACAGAGCAUGAUUCCAUAAACGAUCGAGGAUUUGGUGGAUUUUAUGAAGACUGCAAUGAAGAUUUUUUCGACUGCAGUAGCAGCAUUGAUGACGCAUACAGUGAUGAUGAUUCCUUUGUGACUUGCGAUGAGGAUUAUAUCAGUAUUUCCUGUGAUGCUUUUCAUGAUGAUCCGGGAGUUAGAUGUUCGCACAUUGAUGAGCAAGAGGACAUGUCAAGGAACCAUACAUAUUCAGUUGAAACGUCACCUGAGCCCCAUAGUAAGUCUUUCGACGAAUACAGACAAUCAACAAAGGACAACGAGGGAGCAACUACGGACAUGGAUAGAACAGCAACUGAACUUCACUCCCGACAGUCGGGAAGUAAUAUCUCUAAGUCCAACACUUGCUCAGAAGAGAGGAUUGUGAUACUUUCAUCUGAUGCUGCAACACAUCCUGCGGUUUAUUUGACCCUAGGCACCGCAGAUACUGCUGAAGAGGGUGUUUCUGUGAUGAAUGAGCCCGCAUUACAUAUUGAACACCCGGUUCCUUUUGAGGACGGCAUCACUGAUCUUUCUGCUACAUUGGAUGCAAUUUCGGUCACCAACGACCAUGCCUGCCCUGCGAGAGAAACGUUGGAAGAUGUAUCUGGCGAAGCUGAUGUUGGUCAGGAGAACAAUCAAAGGCCACCAAGAACCUGGCGCCGACUGUGCGCUGGACAGGAAAAAAUCUUUAUCAUAGAGCAGGACGAACCGAUGAGGAAAGAUGUUCAAAUUACAAUUAACCCUGGAAAGGAGAUCGAUACACUAUCUGCCGAACUGCUGCAGAGUUUAAGUGACGUGGGAGGAGACAUCACUGAAGAGGACGCCUUAUUCCAAUAUGCAAGCAUGGUGUUCUCAUCUCCUGCUUGCCUAAAUGCAUCCUUUCGCCAAACAGGACCAAACGAAGUCAAUGGUCUUAAUGUUGAUCUAAAAGCAGCAAGAAGGGCUUACGAAGUGAUAAGCAAGAACGAAAAACUCCUAAAAAAGCUCUCCGAUGUGAUCUCUGUUGAUCUGUGUAACAUCGUACCUCAGUCAAUACUCCACGUCGAAGCUCUUCGGUUCAUCUUUGUUUUGAUGGAAUGUCCUGUCUUCAGUAACCCUCACCGCCCCUGGGGGCGCCGUGCCCUUGCCGCUGCAGACAGGUUGAUGGGGCUCCUUUACUCUGCAUCGAAGGCCGGAGAAAACAAGGCCAAUUCAGCAACACCUGGUAAACAGUCAGAAACAACUUCGAGAAAACCGAGCAAACGAUAUCGGGGAAAAGAAUGCAAAGUCAAGCUUUUGUAA